AUGCCCGUCAUCCCCAACAUACAGAUACUCCGAGUCCUCGAGAAACGUCCCUUCUCAACUCGCAGCAGGGAUGAGCGACGUUCGCGUUCUCAGCCCGGUACCCCCAAGCUACGCACACGUACUCCUCCCCCGCCCGGGCUUCGUCACAAUGAGACUAUCUACUUUGGAGAGACUCCUGUGACAAUCAUCGACAAUGGUAACAGCGAACUCAAUAUCCGACCACAAGGAUCUCUUUAUCUGGUCUCCGACCCUCCGCCGACCCCCUUGAACCGGCUCCGCCACAGGAAGAGCAAGUGGUUUGCCAACAAGCGUGCUGCCAAUGUUCCAAGGCAAGCCAAUGAGACCACGAACCUCCGUCCAGCAAUCAAAGCCCAAGUCGAAAGUCAAGACGAAGCCCAAAGACUUUCCGAAAUCCCAAAAGCCUUCAAAGCAGUCCACUUCGACGGGGCCCCGGAGUACAUUGAGGACAGCUUCAGCAUUACCCCUUCUUUGGGAACUUGUCCCCAAUGGGUAGGCAUCCGGAGCACUAUGUACUACAGCAUGUCGGACCCUGCUGAAAAUCUCAGUGAUCUACUGCAGCCCCACACUGUUGUCCGACGUGCUCCUCGACGCCGAAGAUCUGGUCUGCCCAUCGAGUACCGCUAUGACAGCCACACUCCUGCAAGUUCCAAUUCGUCUCCCACCCCAACCACAGUCAUCUGUUCCAAUGUACGAAGCAAGACCUCGGGCGAUCCCAAAGAUCUGAGCGACGCACUUAAGAAGUUUCCCGUCGAUGAGAGAUCCCCAAGGACUCAACCCGUGAAGAUUGAGACUUUCGAAGACAUCUCCGCUCUCAAAGAGCGGUCAGAGUCGACUCAUCUUCGACAACUGCGCACUCUCAAAACCACUUCAGUCGCAAGGCAUACCACCAAAGGCGUGUUCCACGCUGGUUUUCAAGAGGUUCGCAUCCUUAGCAGGGGCACUUUCGGUCUGGUCAAACUUGUGACCGAUGCCGACCAUUUCCUAACCGAGGAUCCAUCACCAUGCAUGUCGAAUAGUACACCACAUCCUACCUUGGUUCCUCGUGGUUGUCAGAAUCCACGUCUCAUGAAAGACUACUACGCCAUGAAAGUCAUUCGAAAGGCAGAAAUGAUCCGAACAAGUCAAGAGGGUCAUCUUCGUGGUGAACGAGACUUUCUUGUCAAAGCAGAAGGCUCACAAUGGGUGGUACCCUUGGUUGCGAGUUUCCAGGACAACACGAAUCUGUAUCUAGUCAUGGAAUUCAUGAUCGGAGGAGACUUUCUCCAGCAUCUUUGUCGUCACGAUAUACUCAGUGAGGAUGACACUAGGUUCUACAUGGCGGAGAUGGUCCUGGCUAUCGAAGAGACUCACAGGCUAGGAUGGAUCCAUCGCGAUGUCAAGCCAGACAAUUUCUUGAUACACUCCUCUGGCCACCUGAAGAUUUCUGACUUUGGACUGGCGUUCGAUGGACAUUGGUCCCACAUCAACGACUACUACGACACUACCCGGCACUCCAUCUUGAACAAGUACAACAUCCACUUGCAAGGUGACGAGCAUGACACCGCAGCGAACCGUAAUCUUGGCAUACCUCGUAUGGCAAGCAGUCGCCUCCCUUACGAGAUGCACAAUGCACGCGAUAUGGAAGAACUCUUGAGGGAACCCGAAAGGAUGCGGAAGGAACGUCCCCAGAGCAUCGUCGGCACGAAGCAAUACAUGGCCCCAGAAGUGAUUCUAGGUCACACUUAUGAUGGCAGAUGUGAUUGGUGGAGUCUUGGUUGUAUCGUCUUUGAGAACAGCAUCAUCGUGACGUGCUCCGAUUUCCCUCGGGCNGAGCGACUUUCCGGUACAGGUCUACGAUACCCAGCACCAACUGACUCCGCACUGGCUCUCAUGAAGGAUCUUCUGCGGGAAAAAGACCACCGACUAGGUUCAGUAUCUUACGGUCCUAAACCCUGUCGUCACCUGAGACGCCAUCACAACAUCUCGGAAGCAAGUUUUGUCGCUGCUGGAGAUGCUGAGGAUAUCAAAGCACAUCCCUUCUUCAAGACCAUCCGUUGGAAUACGCUGCAUCGAACGAAAGCACCAUUCAUACCCGAACCGGUAGAAGACAUUGCAGAGUACUUCGAACACGAAGACACUUUCGUUAAUGAUAUCGGGACAAGCUACAUGAGUUUGCGGGAGAAGGUCAAACCAGGCGCAGAACCACGGGCUAAUCAAAGACUUCUGGGUCCUUACUUCGAGAGGUGGCAAGCCGAGCAGCGGGACAUUGAGAAGGUCCAGAUGGGCAUCGAAACAUGGACUGACGCCAAUGUCGCGGCGUGCAAGAGAGAGAAAGGCGAGCGUUGGGAGGCUUUCAAGCAAACCAGGAUCAAGAAGGCCCGCGAACGGAAAAUUCAAGAAGGCAGGGAUCCAGACCUGGAAGUCAAGCAGAUCUUAGGAUGUCAGCCUCGAAAAUGCAGGCCCAAGGACAUCCUGGUGCGUGAUGUCAAGUAUGGGCAGCGAGUGGUGGAGCGAAGGAAGAGGGGAGCAUUCUUGGGAUAUACGUAUCGCAGUCCUCGAUACGUGUUUCCAGAGGUUGGCAAGGAGAGGAGGCCAGUCUUUUCACGACCUACGAUCAUGCCUGUGACCGACAACGACAAUGAAUGA